AUCUAAUUUGACUCUUCUUGAUUUGUAUUUUACGUGAAGAAAUGAAAACCUACAUCUAUAUAGAGUAAUUGUAAUGUCAGGUAAACGUGAUGUCAGGUUGACCAUACAGUAGUUAAAAAUCAACGACAAAACAAAUAGUGUGUGCAGAGGAAAUUUUUCCGUUAGUAUGGACUCAGCAAGAGUAAAACAGUUACUCUGUUCUUCAGGCUCUUCUCCGUCAUAAAAAGUCAAUCCUGAUACCUUUUAUUUUAAGUGUUUUAUGUGACUCAUCCGUUACCAUUUCAUAAUUCUUGUUUUGGGUAGUAUUGUAAUCAGUUGGGUGUAGAUGUAUGACUUUUGCCCACCAUUUUGGUGAAAUCAUAGCUGAAGCAGAUUGAUUGUAUCGCUAGCUUCUCCUUUCUGCAAGAAAACAAUGGGUGGUUUAGAUCUCUUACAAACUCAUUGUAACUAUCACAAAAUGGCACUGCAUUGAUGUUGAUUUGAUACAGGUGGGACAUAAAACAUCCAUACCACAAUUCUUCUCAUGCAAAUCGUGGUGACGUUCAUCAUAAAUUGUGAUCACUAAACCGGGUCUUGGUUGGGAUGGUUCUAUUAGUCAGGAAGCAAUCUUUCUGCAGAUUGGGUGACAAAAUGAUUUCUUCAGAGUUGUCAAAGAAUGAUUCAUUUUAUCAGCGUGUAUGUCACACAACUGAUACUUUCACUUCUUGCAUAAGGGUUUAUGAAGUUUUACUGCCAUAUUUUGAGGCUGGACCCCCAGGUGACAGUAUCAAUAAAAGAUUAUUCAAUAUUGGUGGCAUGCUGACUAUUCUCUACAGUGAACUUACUAUUCUGAAAAAUGAGAUUACAACUGCUACUGCUGCUGUUGAUGGUGGUGGUGAUGACAAAGCGUCAAAUCCAAAUGUCGAGAGCAAAGCUGUCACACAAGGCGUAAGUGAGCAUAACCAGCAAGAAAAUAUCAUUUGUGAAGCAAGUACCAUAGAACAAAAGAUGUCUAAUGAGGAGAAAGUGCUUAACAAAUCACCAGAAAGGAAUUGGGAAGAUGUUACACACAUCCCAGCAGAAGAGUACCAGAAAGAAAAAGUCCAUCAUGAAGACAACAAGAUAGACAAAACAAUAUCACAUGAUGAAAAAGUACAUAUAAAACCAACUGAGAACCUUAAAACACGAGAAAGUGAUUUUAGAUAUAUAUGUGGAAACUGUAAUGAGGCUAUAACUGUGUACAACCAGGACCUACAUUUAUCUGUUGCAUUACAUAACCAGGAUGGAUGUUGCAGAGGGAAGCCAAGCAAACUGAUUACUGUGCAAAAAGAAAAACAGGAGAAAAAGGGACAGGUACAGAAUUUUACUAAAUCUCAGGAAGCUUCUAACAGAGUUAAUUUGACUCCUCCUCAGCUUUGUGAACAGUACAAAACUCGAGAAUUCAGUUGUAUACAGUCAUUAGAAAAAGGCUUCAUAUGUACGGUAUGUCAUAAAAAGUUGCCUAGUCCCAAAAAUUUUGCUGAACAUGUGACAGGAAGUUAUCAUAAGAGCUUUUUAAGGGUACCUUUUAAGGAAGUACAGAAAAAUACUGGUCAUAUGCCAAGUGUUGCUAGUGCAUUGACCCAACUACUUAAGACUCAGUCUCCCACUUCUGCCGAGCAAAAAGAAAGUAUCCCUUCAGUAGAUGUCCAGCUUGCAAAAAUCAUUAAACAUCUUUCAGGCUCUCUGUAUAGUCAAAUGCAGUAUUUAUCAGUGGACAAAGGUGCUAUCGUAUGUAACUUGUGUGUUUGUCCAAUUCCGCCAACUGUCAAAAAUGUGAGGGAUCAUGUAUUAGGUAGCAGACAUUCAAAGAAUGAAAUUGCGCUUCAGGCACAAACUAAAGACUGCAUAUAAAAUAACAACUAAGUUACUGAUAAUGUGUUGAUGUUUCUGAUUUAUGCCAAACUUUUAUUUACUAUUGUAAAAUACCAUUCUAAGGAAAAAUUCAAAAUAAUAAUGUAGCACAUUAGAUCCUGACUAAUUAUGAUUUUUAUCAAGUAUUGAUGUAAAUAAAAAAAUGAGUGGUUUCAUUUGUUGUAGUUGUAUUACAGUUACUGCAUAAAAUGGAAGAUUAGGCACGAACUUGACUUAACAUUUAAAUGUUUGUACCUUGUAUGCAGGAAAGCAAGAAAAAACCCAAGUUAGUGGUCAAAAUAAAUUGAUUUUCCAUGUCUUCUCUUGUGACUUCUGUCACCUUCCUCGUAACAUGGCAAUGAUAACCUCCUUUAGUUUUCUAUUAUGGACAGUAUUGCUUUAAUGUGAUAACAUAUUUCCAUAUGUAUCAACCCUGUCACUUACAAGUAAGUCAAUGGGUUGUGGGGAAAUGCAAUUACCAAUUGUGAGGUAAUGAUGUUUGGUUAGAAAUGUCACUAAAGUCUCAUAUGACUUGAGGCAUUAUGUGUAUGUGGUGAAAGACUAUCCAUAUCAACAUUUUAGACUCAUGAAACAUGAAUAUGUUGAACCUGCUCAUAAAUAGGAGAUGUGUCAAUCUGCUUUAGAUGUUUCAGAACAAAAUCAAAUGUUUAGGAUGCUGAUGUGAUAAACAGAUCCAUACAUAGUAAUGAUGCAAAACAUGCAAGGUAUUAGGGAAAAAGGGGGGGGGGGGAUACUCAGAUCCUUGUGGAGUAUUGAUGUAGCUGCAUCAGGAGAAUUGUCAAAUAAAAUUUAUGGCCCAUGUUAUUCACAGUGAUUUUAAACAGUAUUAAUAUAAACACAGUUUUAUUUUGUCACUGUUACUACCUCCCAAUUAAAAAAAAAAAAAUCCUUUGAAUACAUGUACAAUAAGGAUUCUCAUUAGCAAUCAAGAAAUUGGCAUAUUGUUUUUGCUGCACCAUCUGCAUAAUUAUUCUGGAGGUUUUCACAAUGAAAGAAAAUCUGGAGAAACUGUAGUAGUGAAGCUUUCAUUUUAUUUCAUUUGCUCAUUUAGCUUUGUACUCAAUAGAACUGCGGAUACGUUCUCAAAUUAUCAUAAAACAUGUUACUAUAUUACGUUUGUGAUAUUUAAACACAUGAAUAAAAUGAAAUGUGUGUAUAUGAUUUUAAUUUCAAAUUACUACGAAUAGACACAUAAUGGGGAAGGUGAUGUCCAUUAUCUACUGUUGUGAAAUAUCUUAUUGUUCACCUGGAAUUAUUAUAGGAUAGUAAGGAAAAUCCUAUGUAGGAUGAAUGAAUGGGUGUGGUAACAGGCAGGAGUCCUGAAUAUAAAAUAAUAUUUUAAUAAGUUCAGAAACUGCACCAUCACAAUGAAAUGGGCUUAGGUACUCCUGCAAAGAAGGUGAGCCAUCAAGAAAAAGUUUUCAUCUGGGUUUCAAAUCAAUAUCGAAACAAUUCUGCAUACAUCGUGCUGUGAACUGCUAUCGCAUUUAUUAUUUGAUGAUGGACAUUUAAAAAUAACCUGACUGUAUGCUCAUUUCAGAAAAAAUUAGUUUGCAUUUUGCCUGAUGCACUUUGUUUUGAAGUAGAUUUUGAGUCAUUUCGGUGUAAUUCAAUCAGUAAAAGUGUCUUUCAUAUUUUGAAGAGCCAUUAUUAUUAAUCUUGAAGUGAACAGUAGUAGUAUGAGAGAUUUGCUUGUAUGCAAGCAUAUCAGUGUAGUUCGGAGAUGCAAAAUUAUUUUCAAGAAUGCUUUUUUAGUAAUGUAGGGAAUUUGUGCCAUAAGGGGGUUACUACCUUUUGAAGAUGUCACAAGUAUUUUGAUCCAUAUUUUUAGAAAAGUGGUAGUGGAAUAAUUUGACAAUAACACUUUUGAAAAACAAAUAGUAAGUGUGCUGUUUGAGGCUUUCCCGGUGCUGCAUCUGCUUGAUAGGUUCCCGGGAAUUACACUGGAUAAUAUUGUAGAAACUGCACAAUAUUUCAGCGAGACAACUGCCCACCAUCUUCAGGUGCUACUGUCGCGUCGCUGAGAACCUCGCUAAUUUAUAUGCUGGCUUUCUAGAACAGCGCAGGUGCCAGCGGGGCAUAACGUCAUCGAAGACCAAUCGUAGACAGCCUCGAAUACCAGAGCCCUCUGCUGGAGAAACGGGUUGCGGUCUGCGGAAGCGGGCCACGGCGCGGGAAAAUGUGGCCGGGAGUGACGGACCCCGUUCGCGCGUGCACUGUUCUAGAAAGCCAGCAUAUAAAUUGGUGAACUUCGCAGUGACACGACAGUAGCACCUGAAAAUGGCGGGCAGUUGUCUCGCUGAAAUAUUGUGCGGUUUCUACAAUAUUAUCCGGCGUAAUUCCCGGGAACCUAUCAAGCAAAUAUUAAGUGAUUCUCUGCAUAAAUAUUAUCCUUUACUUAGAAGAUGGAAUAAUAUCGUAAUAAAUGUAGUUUUGGUGCAGUGGUUAUGGCACUAGUUAUGCAUUUUGAAGGAGAGUGUAUCUAACCAAUUUGCUAAAUCUGAGCUGGAAUUAACUUUCCUUGGCAGCUCCUUCUAUCCUGUAUAUGAAAGUUUGUUUGGAAACUAGUAGCAUGAAAGUCUAAUGUAUUUACAUUUAUCAUGAAAAUUAAAUUUUUCAAUUUCCAACACAAUUAAUUUAAAAGGCAAAUACAUUAAUUUUUGUUCAUUAAGUAUAAGUCAGUGUGAAAUUUAUUUUAUGGAUAAUUGGCAUACCUGUGGCUGUGCUCAGAAAUUGCACAAACGAUCUACGGAUUAUUGAACUGACUUAGACUAAUUUACCUGCAAAAAGAAAAUUAGUGUGACAAAAAAUUCACAUCUGUAAUAUGACAUUAACAAAGAUUAUAAUGUUAGAUUACUUACUGUGGUUAGCCAUUUCAUUGUUAAAUGUCUGUAACAGUAAAAAUGAACACUAGAAGACAAAUGGAGAUUAAUAUGAAAUUGUUAGCAGGAAAUGAUAUUAAAAAUGAUAACACUUGGGAAACACAUUCCACAAAACUUGGAACCAAGGUGUUAAUUACGAAAUAGAUAUAUAAGAUGCUACAACAUAGAGUAAUCUAGAUAUAUUAUUAACACAAAGAAAAAUGCUGUCAGGAUUACUUGUGAUGCAACCUGCAGUUUCUGAUGUUUGUAAAGGUACUUACGCCUACUGUAAAAGUUAUACUCUCUCUAAAACAGUGUGGCAGAACCUAAAUUGUGGUUUACACUGAAGAUAAAAUGAAAUAGCAUCUUAAAAGAACUUUACAAACUGCUAUAAAAUGAACCUAGGAAUUUGUAACUUCUUUCUUUCAUAGUCAGAAGCAUAGGCCAUAUGUUUUGUAAUGUAGUUAUAAUAUAGGUUUUAUUUGUAGGAAAAUAAAGAUGUUCCUGAAACAGUAAUGGUUGUAAACUGUAUUUGUGCCUCUAAUCUCAAAUGCUAUAUUUGACAAACUCUGAAAAAUAAUUAUACAUUGACAGAAAUUGUAUUA